AUGGAUGUGGUAGGGCUACUACAUAAUAUUAACGAUAAUUCGAAUAUGUUUGCUGUGAAAACCUGGACGUCGGAAUGGUCUAACAACGUUCAGGACAAUCAGUUGCUGUUCUCGAUUUGUGGAUGUAUUUUUGUGUCAUUGGUGGUGAUAUUCUUCUAUUACUAUAAAAGAUGGCGUGCGAAAGAAUUAAUCGGCGGGGCAGGCAUCGUUGGUGCUACGGGGGAAGCCAAGCGUUUCCGAAAACGCGACAAAAUGCUCUUCUACGGAAGACGCAUGCUGAGGAAGGUCAAAUCUAUCUCGAACUCUGGCCAAGGGAAAAAGAGAAGAGCCGUCAUGAGAUUUGCUAGAAAAUUGUUGCAGCUUAAGAAGGAGGCCGCUCCUGAACAAUUAAAGGUUCUAGAGCCUCCAGCAGAAUAUUUAGAAGAAGACCUAACCAGUGAUGACAGGGUACCGCCGGACGCUCUAUAUAUGCUGCACAGCAUAAGAGUGUUCGGCCACUUCGAGAAACCUGUUUUUCUCAUGCUGUGCAAACAUACUGAAAUCCUUAACCUACCUGCGGGUUCAUUUUUAUUUAAAGUUGGCGACACGGACGAGAACGUGUACGUAGUACAGACCGGGCGCGUCAACGUGUACAUCACGAACCCAGACGGGACCAGUCUCUCACUCAAAGUGGUGCGAGCUGGUGAGAGCGUUACAUCCUUACUCAGCUUCACUGACGUCCUAACUGGUCACUCACAACCAUACAAGACAGUGAACGCCAAAGCGCUGGAAGAUUCUCAAGUCAUCAAACUACCCAUGAGAGCUUUCCAGGAGGUCUUUAAAGAGUAUCCGGAUAUAUUUGUGAGGGUUAUACAGAUUAUUAUGGUGCGUUUACAACGAGUGACAUUCACAGCACUCCAUCAAUAUCUUGGACUUAGUGCUGAGCUGGUCAAUCCGGGUAAAGAAAAGCGUCGUCCAACCACCGUGUCCUCAUCUCCAGGUAAAAGUACUAAGAUGAGUGCACCUGACAGUGGUUUUACGAUGCACUCCCCUCAUCACAGUGAGAGGACUAUGCCGGAACAUGAUGGCGGACACUCAGUCUCGUCUCCUAUUCACAUCCAGGGAAGGCGACAGAAGCCGGACAUGGUGCCAGAUAUAGCGUCGAGUACACCACAGCAGCAACCCGACGUCCAACAGACCUCUUCAUUCCAGAGGCCAAAAGAGGGUAAUUCAUUCAAGCAGAAACAUAAUACAGAUAAUCUUGAUGAACAGGCGUUAAUACAAAUAGCCACAGAAGCUUUCGUCAAGGAGCUGGGGUUGGAGAGCGACAGCGUGUUGCGAGGGAACGUUCAAGUGAGGGACCUGCCCGCGGGAACUUACAUCAUGAAAGAGGAGAGCCACAAGGAUGUUGCGUUAGUGUACCUGUUGUCUGGCGCGCUCCUUGUCUCUCAACGCGUAGCGGAAGGAGAGGGAGAAGUGCACAUGUUCACUGCUUACCCCGGUGAGGUGGAAGGCGGUCUCGCCGUGCUAACUGGAGAGCCAAGCUUCUUCUCCAUCCGCGCCAAACACUUCUCUCGCAUCGGGCUGCUGUCAAAGACCACCGUGUACAGCAUCAUGAGGGAGAGACCUUCCGUCGUGCUGCACAUUGCCAACACUGUCGUUCGGCGACUGUCGCCUUUCGUUCGACAGGUCGACUUCGCUCUAGAUUGGGUAUUCCUCGAAUCUGGUCGCGCCGUCUACCGUCAGGAUGAAGAAUCCGGAUCUACCUUCAUAGUCCUAAGCGGCCGCUUACGUUCAGUGAUCACUCAUCCGAACGGCAAGAAAGAACUAGUCGGCGAAUACGGCAAGGGCGACUUGGUGGGGAUCGUUGAGAUGGUUACCCAGACUAGAAGGAGUACCACGGUGAUGGCGGUCAGAGACUCUGAGCUGGCUAAGUUGCCCGAAGGGUUGUUUAAUGCUAUCAAGUUAAGAUUCCCUGUGGUCGUCACUCGGCUGAUCAAUUUGCUUGGACAUAGAAUUUUGGGUUCGUGGCAAAAGCCUGCGUCUGGUCUAGGAGGUGCAGCCACCAUAGAGCCUCGCCCCUCUCAGCACAACUUCUCGACAGUGGCCGUGGUGCCCGUCAGUGACGAUGUACCGCUCACGUCAUUCACUUAUGAAUUGUACCACUCGCUCUGUGCUGUCGGACCAACGGUGCGUCUUACGUCGGACGUUAUACGGAAGCUACUCGGUUUGACCAUUAUGGACCCCAAUAACGAGUACAGACUUAGCUCGUGGCUGGCGCAGCAAGAGGACAAACAUAAGGUUGCUAUAUAUCAAUGCGAUCCAAGCCUAACACAGUGGACGCAGCGGUGUAUUCGGCAAGCAGAUUGUAUUUUAAUUGUUGCCCUCGGUGAUAAGGAGCCUAGCAUUGGAAAGAUAGAGAAAGAGAUCGAACGACUCGCUAUCCGUACUCAGAAGGAACUGGUGCUACUGCACCGCGAGGGUGGCCCUAAUCCCUCGGGGACGGUUCACUGGUUGAACAUGAGGACCUGGGUCAGUCAGCAUCAUCAUGUGAGGUGUCCACACAGAAUGUUUACUAGAAAAAGCCAAUACCGCAUUAGCGAGCUGUACAGCAAGGUGCUGAUGUCGGAGGCGUCGGUGCACUCGGACUUCUCGCGGCUGGCGCGCUGGCUCACGGGCACGUCCGUGGGGCUGGUGCUGGGGGGCGGCGGGGCCAGGGGGGCCGCGCACGUGGGCAUGGUGCGCGCCAUACAGGAGGCCGGUAUACCUAUCGACAUGGUAGGCGGAGUGAGCAUUGGAGCGUUCAUGGGGGCGCUGUGGUGUAUGGAGAGGAACAUCACUACAGUCACGCAGAAGGCGAGAGAAUGGUCCCAGAAAAUGACGCAAUGGGGCAAGCAACUCUUAGAUCUGACAUACCCGGCUACUUCGAUGUUCUCCGGACGUCAGUUCAACGCGACCAUCCGCUCCACCUUCGGGGAAGUUCACAUCGAGGACCUGUGGCUGCCCUACUUCACUGUCACCACCGACAUCAGCUCUAGCUGUAUGAGGGUACAUCGCCAUGGUUCGCUCUGGCGAUACAUUCGCGCCUCGAUGUCGCUCAGCGGGUAUAUGCCGCCGCUCUGCGACCCCGUAGAUGGCCACCUCCUAUUGGACGGCGGUUACGUGAACAAUCUCCCAGCGGAUGUGAUGAGGUCUCUAGGAGCUAAACACAUCUUGGCUAUCGACGUGGGGUCCCAAGAUGACACUGAUCUCACCAACUAUGGGGACGAUCUGUCCGGUUGGUGGCUGCUUUGGAAACGUUGGAAUCCCUUCACAACCCCCGUGAAGGUACCCAACUUGCCCGACAUACAGAGUAGGCUUGCUUACGUGUCAUGUAAUCGACAAUUAGAAGAAGUGAAGAAGUCGGACUACUGCGAGUACAUCCGGCCGCCCAUCGACGCGUACAAGACGCUGCAGUUCGGCUCGUUCGACGAGAUCCGCGAGGUUGGCUACCGCCACGGCGCCGCCUACUUCGAGGGCCAGCGCCGCGGAGGGGGGGGCGGCGUCAGCGGCGCCAGCGGAGCGCCCGCGCGCAAGCACGACGCGCAGCCCUCACUCACCGAUUACACGUUCACGGAUCUAGCGCAGAUGGUUUGCUCGGUCCGGACAGCGUGUGACGUUGACAACGAUUCCUCCUCCUCAUCAGAUUACGAAGAAGACCAGCGACAUUUUGAAGGGUAUGCUUCGGAGCCCAGCGCUGGAAUACUCGAGAUGUCAUCAAGCGUCGAGGAAGGCGCCGCGUGGAUCAGUGAUACGGAAUUGGAGGGUCUCCGCACUCGUCGCGUAGGAGGUUCCUUGUCCCUCUCAGAGGACGAAUUAGACUCAGAGGCCGAGGUGUACGACCCUUUGAACAAACGCGGCGGCGGCAGGUGA